AUGGCGGCGACACCACCCUCCUCAACCCCAGCACCACCAUCACCGCCAACAUCACCAUCACCGCAGCCACAAGACCAAGACCAAGACCAAAACCACGAACCCUCCUCCUCCCCAUCACCAACACCAACACCCUCAAACCCAGAGUCCCCAAAACCACUCCAAUCCAUCUCUCCUCCAAAGAAAAUCCAGCCCUUGCCUUGGACCCACCCAGAGACAGUCAAUCUCAUCCAAGCCUACCAGGAAAAAUGGUACUCCCUCAAGCGCGGUCAGCUCAAGUCCAACCAAUGGGAAGAAGUCGCCAUCACCGUCGCAGCCCGCUGCGGCUACGACGAACCCUCCAAAUCCGCCAUCCAGUGCCGCCACAAGCUCGAGAAACUCCGCAAGCGAUUCCGCGCUGAGAAACAGAAACCCUACCCUCACGCUUGGGAGUACUUCGACCUCAUGGACUCCAUGGAACGAGGUCCUCUCCCUAUCUCCGCUCGCCCCAUGGCCAUGGUUCAAUUCCACAAAUCCAAUCCCAACGACGAAGAAGACGAUGACAAUGAUAACGAUGAUCUAAAAGGGGAGGGGUUGGAUUAG